AUGCGCAUCCUAUGUCCACUGCACGGGCUAACCACCCUGAUCCUCCUCCUCUCCAGCCUGCUAACCCAAUCCACCGCCACCCCAAUCUCCACCACCUCCGCCCUCACCACCACAGACCCGGCCCUCCAAAAGCGCCGCCCCCCCUUCUCCCUCCACGGCCUCUACCUCGAACGCACCGCCCACCUCACCAUGCUCAUCCCCACCGCCACCGCCGCCGCCCUCCUGUCCGACUUCUACGCCGACAUCCACGUCCGCUGCAUCACUUCCUGGAUGCCCAACCUCCCGCCCCCGCAGCCCGACCUCGUCGUCCGCUGGGGCCCCUUCCAGCUCAGCUUCGUCGUCAACGACGGCGCGACCGAGGCCAUCAGUUGGGAGUUCGUGCGCGACUUCGCGGCGCUCAUGCAUAGGGUUUCGAGGAGGGGCUACGCGGGGGUUUAUGAUCAGGGGUGGUGGGAUGUGGCGGGGUCGUUGGGGAUUUAUGUCGGGUUGAGGGUCAUAGCCGCCAGCGAUGACGCAGAUUGA